AUACGCGAAUGUCGGUUGAAAAGCGCGCACAAAAACGAAAGCGAGAGUCGGAACCAAAGAUUCAAGAUGCGAGAAUGCCAGUUGCAACGAUCACUGACUUGCCGUUGGAGCUGGUUGAGAAGAUUGCACACCACCUUGAUGUGAAGACGUGC